AUGGCGGGCUUCUUGCAAGAUUUUCUGUGUGAGGAGACCGACAAGCAGCUGGGUCAUCGCGAUGAAGUGCUAGGUACCUCACAGGCUAAAUCCCCGAAGAAGGCCACUGCCAAACCGCUGACUCCCCAGAAAUCGUCUGCUUCAUCGACUACUCAGAAGCCGGGUUCCUCAGCAACCCCGCCACCGAAGCCGAAAGAGAAUAAGACGACUCCCAAGAGCAGCGGCAAGAUCAGACCUCCUUCCUUGGGCGGCCGGGGAAAGGACACCAAGAAGAGGGCUGCGAGAGGUACAGUGGGCACAUUCGCUGGGCGGAGGUUGCCACCGACCCCUCACGGAGCAGCCCAGUUUGUGAAGAUCCGGGAUGCCUACUACAAAAUGAAGUCUGACAACGGAAAGCCGAGGAUUUCGAUCUCCCAGACGGACUUUUGGCAGAGGAUGUCAGUUGCUGAUGACUUCGAGGUGGCGCUCAACAAGUAUGUCCAGCUGCACUGGAGCAAGUAG